UGCCUCCGCUCACCCUUUCCCAACUUGCCCUGUAUCCCUCGUCUCUUUUCUCCUUCUCCCCUUAUUCCUUCCUUCUUUUUACCGACCCUCCACCCCUUCUUCUACCCUGCCUCUUCCCUCUCUCUCUUCUCCUUCUCUCUUCUUCCCUCCACAAUGAGCGCUCAAGAACCCCUCCCCUCUACCAACUCAUCCUCAGCGAUAAACAACACCACGUCUAACGCUGUCGCUAGCCAAGAUGCCUCGGGACGACAGCCCUCCUCCUCCGCCGCCGGUUCCUCCGAACUCUCCGGUGCAAAGAUAAGCCUGCGCAAGUCGCUGCGAAGCUUCCCCGACUUCCCUAUCCCGGGUAUCAACUUUGUCGAUAUUAUGCCUCUCUUCGCCGACCCAACCGCCCAUGCCACCCUUGUCGAUGCUCUCGAACUUCAGAUCGCCGAGGCUUUCCCCACCAAGCCUGAUGUUAUCGUAGGCCUUGACGCCCGUGGCUUCCUCUUCGGCCCUGGUCUUGCGCUCCGUCUCGGUGUUUCUUUUGCUGCUGUCCGCAAGCAGGGCAAGCUCCCUGGACCUUGCGCUACCGCUGAGUACGUGAAAGAGUAUGGCAAGGAUCUGUUCCAGAUGCAGGAAGACGCCGUCCGUGAGGGCCAGAAGGUCCUUAUUGUGGACGACAUCAUUGCUACGGGUGGUUCUGCAAAGGCUGCAGCUGAACUCGUCCAGCAGCUCAAGGGCGAGGUCAUUGGAUACUUGUUUAUUCUUGAGAUCCCUGGCCUAAACGGCCAAGAGAAGCUCGGCACUGCUCCUGUCAAGAUUCUUCUUGAAGAUGCUUAAGUGGCUGAUGCCAGGCUUCCUCUAUUUUCGAUCCCACUUCCAGCGAUAAAGCGAUGCCGGGCCAUAGAUCGACGUCAAUUAGCUCUGGUGUGCCUCAUCGCGGCGCAUUUGUGAGAAGUUUUGUUAGA